AUGGCUAGGUUAGAGCCAGACUGCCCGACAUAUGAACCGAACGCAAUUCCCAUAUAUCGUACCUUCGAAGAAUUCGCAAAUGUAGGCGCCGCAUUCACCGGCAAGGGAACGGAUCCUCGAACACAACAUUUCUCAUUUCAACGACCGUCCGCUCGAGACACGGAGAGGUCGAAAUCCUUCCGCGCGAACCUACAACAACUAGCGCGGCAUGUGGAAUUCGACUCCAGGCAACUCGUCUUGCCCAAUGGUGCCUGGCCUCACUCCGGAAAGGCGAUCAAGGACGAAGAUUACUCGUGGGUCUCGAACGCAGCUACGGGUACCCUGGUGCCAAUCGCCCGGAACAAUGAACCCGUCACGUAUGAUGCGAUCGCCAGCAGGUCAUUGAGACACGUUCUAGCCGUGCAGGGCGCAGACUGUCAGGCCAUCUUUCUCUAUGAUCCAUGUUCUCUGGUCAUCGGUCUCGCCCACGCGGGUUGGAAGCCACUUGUGCGCAACGUUGUGGGCAACGUGAUCGACGCCAUGGAAGACCUGGGUGCAACUCGGCACACCAUUCGAGCAUACAUCUCUCCUGGAGCUGGGGACCUGUACAAUGCUUUCAACUGGGACGAUAAUAUGGAAGAAUCUGUCAGGGAGGUAUUCGUUCAAGCGGGCCGGGACGACCUGCUCGCUGAGCCAACCAUUCGCCACCAUUUGACGUCUGAGGAUCGUGCCAUCCUAAGAUCUGCUUUAGGCCGCGAAGUUCCCGAGGGAUCAUCCUUGAAGCUCUUACAUCUCGCGUUGACGGAGCUCAAGUUAUGUGGCGUCCGCGAAGGUAAUAUCUCAUUCAGCCACGACUCGACCAUCGUGGAACGCCAACUUGCACCAGACCGCGAAGGGCCCCUCAAAUACCAUUCAUACCGACGGGAACGACCGGACCACGGAUUGAGUAUCAGUGUUUUAUUUUUAAGGUGCAGUGAUUCGAAGGGAAUCUAA